CAAAGUGAGUGUAGCAGUUUUCCUACGGUUCAAAAAGUGCGGAAAAGUCGUCGCAAGUCGUUCUGGUGGCACCGAAAGUAUCAUUAAAUUGUGCGCGGAAGUGACUAGAUCAUCCGGUGAGUGGAGUUUGUCGUGGAUUAAUCGGGAAAAGGCAUGAAAAGUGGUUUUUCCGUUUCGAACCAACAGUACCAUCCACGCAUUUCAGACAAGAUGGCGGCGACGGCAGCAGGAGCUGAAGAGUUCGACGUCGAGGAGUUGCUCGAGGCCCCAUACAGAAAGGAGGACGAUGGAUCACCGGUAAAUAAUGGAGUGUCCAAUGGACAUAGGAAGGAUCGUGAUAAUGGCCACAAGUCGUCUAGACAUCGCAGCCGCUCUCGGGAACGUGAUCGCGAUGGGGAUAAACGUCGCAAAGAUCGUUCGCGGUCGCGCGAAAAGCGAGACAAGGACAAGAAGGACAAGGAUCGUGAGCGUCGUUCAAAGUCACGCGUAGGAGAUCGUUCGCGGGACAAAAAGGAGAAGGAUAAGGAUCAUCGUCGUCAGGAGCGACCCAAGGAAGUUGAGCGCCCGCGGGAACGCCAUAGCGAGCGUGAUCGUGAGCGUGAUCGCGAUCGCGGCGAUCGUGAGAAGCAUCGUUCAAAUGAGGUUCCCAAGGAGCGUUUUCGUCCCAUGCGAGAGAAAGAAUUUCGUCGACGCAGCCGGAGCAAAGACAAGGGUUUCAGACGCCGUUCGCGUUCACCGAGACCGUUCCGACGUGGACGUACACCUCCGAAUGGUGUACGCUUUCGGGAUGAUUCUCCACGUGAGGAGCUUAGUGUAGAGGACCGCGAUGCACGUACCGUUUUCUGUAUGCAACUGUCGCAGCGGAUUCGAGCUCGCGAUUUGGAGGAAUUUUUCUCAAGUGUUGGUAAAGUUCGCGAUGUCAGGCUCAUUACCUGCAACAAGACCAAACGCUUCAAAGGUAUCGCAUACAUCGAAUUCAAAGAUCCAGAAUCGGUGGCACUGGCCCUUGGUUUGUCCGGCCAACGUUUGUUAGGAAUUCCCAUUUCCGUACAACACACCCAAGCGGAAAAGAAUCGGAUGGCCAACACACCACCACAGCCACCACCAAAGGUCGUGGCCGGGCCGAUGAGAUUGUACGUUGGUUCGUUGCAUUUCAACAUUACUGAGGACAUGUUGCGUGGAAUAUUCGAGCCAUUCGGAAAUAUCGAUAACAUUCAACUUAUUAUGGAUUCGGACACAGGACGAUCCAAGGGCUAUGGGUUCAUUACAUUCCACAAUGCAGACGAUGCUAAAAAGGCACUGGAACAACUGAAUGGUUUUGAGUUGGCCGGUCGUCCGAUGAAGGUGGGCAACGUAACGGAACGGUUGGAUGUGACUACUCAUGCAUCGCUCGACACGGACGAAAUGGAUCGCAGUGGAAUCGAUCUGGGGGCAACCGGACGGUUGCAGCUGAUGUUCAAACUGGCAGAAGGUGCCGGUCUAGCUGUUCCUCGUGCAGCUGCCGAUGCUCUGCUGGCAACUGCGCCCCAGCCCGCACCACAGCAACCAGUGACACCAUCUCCACCGAUCGCAACGCAGUGUUUCCUACUGGCGAACAUGUUUGAUCUGGCAACGGAAACUAACCCCACUUGGGACGUGGAAAUCCAAGACGAUGUUAUCGAAGAAUGCAACAAGCAUGGUGGAGUGUUGCACGUCUAUGUAGACAAGGAGAACGUCGGUGGUAAUGUUUACGUGAAAUGUCCGAGCAUAACGACAGCCGUCCUAGCGGUCAAUGCACUCCACGGUCGAUGGUUCGCUGGACGGGUCAUUACGGCAGCGUAUGUACCACUUGUAAACUAUCACACACUGUUCCCAGAUUCUGCGGCAGCCACCGCUAUGCUUAAACUGAAUCGAACAAAUUAAAACAUGUUCCCUUGGUAGGAUAUUAUCUCUUUAUUUUCCCCAACUCGUCUGUUACGUGUGAGCGCGUGUGAGAGUGUACUUGUUUCUCCACUUAGAAGUUCUACCAACGUAAAUGUGAUAUCAUGUCAAACAGAAAAAAAAAACAACCCAGAACCGUUUAAAUUAAGCUACUACAAACAAACAGAACAAAAGUCACAUGCGCACCGGUUCUAGUUCCAACGAUUUCGAACUUUCUGAACUAAUGUGUGCUAGGUUAUCAAUAGGAUGAGUGAGCGAAUGAGUUUUGAUAAGUUGAAAGCCAACACAGCAAUCUUUGGCUAUGAUUCAGUUGCACCUAAGCAUAAUAACAAGAAUCUGGUGUCCAGGUUAGUUGUGAUUAAGUUUAAGUUUUUCUCCCAAAAAUCUUCUUAGUAUGGUUUAAAAGCCUUUUAUUUUUUAAGAGAACUGUAUGUAGAAAGUUGUAACUUGCGUGGCGAUGCUUAACUUCCGAUCCCACUGAUUCGUGACAUACAAUGAAAGGCGAAAGAGGGAUACGGUUUAAUCAUCAAGCAUACACUAAUUUUAAUCAGUAGCGAUUCUGAUACAUUAUUAUAUUCUGGUGAUGAAAUGUAGAAGAAUGCGUUUGAGCGUUGUACAAAGAUAUUAAA